AUGCAUAUCCUGGUCGUCAAUGACGACGGCCCGCCAAACGAGCGCGUCUCGCCCUACAUCCGCCCACUCGUCGACGAGCUCCAAUCCGCCGGCCACCUCGUCUCAGUCGCCAUCCCCGCCGCCUCACGCUCCUGGAUCGGCAAGGCCCACCUAAUCGAAGCCGAGCUAACGGCGAACCUCGUUCACCCCGACUCCUUCCAGCCCGACGGAACCUGGGACUCAACCUAUAAGCCUGAAUCUACUGGUCGAUCCGAAGAUGGCCAACAAGUUCAACCCGACUGGAUCGUCAUCCAAAACGGCACACCCGCCAGCUGCGCCCAGCUAGGCCUAUACAACCUCUUCACAGACCGACCACCCAUCGACCUCGUAAUCUCGGGCCCAAACCACGGCCGCAACGCCUCAACAAUCUACAACCUCUCCUCCGGAACAGUCGGCGGAGCCCUGGAAGCCGUUUUCUGCGGGAAGCGCGGCAUCGCGAUUUCAUUCGGUAGCAAGGAUCCGCAAACUGAUAGCGUUAUUGCGGCUGCGGCCCGGCUGGCUGUUAAGGUUAGGAAAGAGGAGGCUAAGAGGAUUUUGAAUGGGAAUGGGAAUGGGAAUGGGGUUACGGCUAAUGGGGUUAAUGGUGUGCAUAAGGAGUGUAAUGGUGUUAACGGUGUCAAUGGGGUUAAUGGUGUGCAUCAUGAUGAGCCUGAGACCAAGGCUGAGACUGGGACUGUCUCCAAGCAGCGCCAUUUCAAGUGGUCUGCUGAUUUGUCGGAUAUGAAGAAGAGGUUGCAAGAGAGUGAGGAGGGGACGGAUGCGCAUACCGUUCUGAAUGGCUCGACUAGUGUGACUGCUUUGCGCGCCAACUUCUGGCACGUCCCUGGUUUGGAUGGGCCGAUAGAUCUUGAGCUGUGA